UAAGUUUGAAUCCUUCAAGAGCAAAAGCUCAAUUUAUUCAAUGUACUGAAGCUUGAAAAUUUCGUUCAAAGCAUUUCAACAAGCUAAAACUUGAUUCGUUCAAAUAAUUCAAGGAACAUAAGUGUAAUUCCAUCAAAAAUUUGCGGUUCUAAAAUAGUACGGUGUAAUCUUUGCCAAGAAUAUUAUACGGAGUUUUCCCUACCCCAGAAACUCUGAGCGAGGAAGAGCACAAGUAAUCUGAUCUGAGAACCUUUGUGAUCAUAUACAGCCAUGGGUUCUUCUUCUCAAAAGUGGGUUAUCGGGUUACUUCUUUUCUUGAGCAUUUUCUUGGAAUUGACUGCCAUCACUUUAGGUGAUGACAAGCUUGAAGAGUCGAGGUGGGGUAAUGAUAAUGGUUGUGGAUAUGGAAGGAGAGGUUGUGGUGGAUAUGGUGGACGCGGUGGACGUGGGGGAUGGGGAGGACGCGGUGGACGUGGUGGUCCAGGUUUUGGUGGUGGUAGAGGUGCAGGUGGAGGGUUUGGAGGCGGAGCUGGAGGCGGUGGUGGACUAGGUGGAGGAGGAGGGUUAGGGGGUGGUGGAGGAGCUGGUGGAGGUCUUGGCGGAGGAGCUGGAGGAGGUCUUGGAGGAGGAGCUGGAGGUGGACUAGGUGGAGGAGGAGGAGGAGGAUUAGGGGGUGGUGGAGGUAGAGGAGUUGGUGGUGGAGCAGGUAGUGGAGGAGGGUUUGGAGCUGGUGGUGGUGUUGGUGGUGGUGCUGGCACUGGAGGCGGUGUUGGAGGAGGUGGUGGCUUCGGUGGUGGUGGAGGAGGAGGUGUUGGUGGAGGGUCAGGUCAUGGCGGUGGAUUUGGAGCUGGAGGAGGUGUAGGAGGUGGUGCAGGAGGAGGACUUGGUGGUGGAGCUGGUGGAGGUGGAGGUAGUGGUGGUGGGGGAGGUAUAGGUGGUGGUUCUGGACAUGGAGGAGGAUUUGGAGCUGGAGGUGGUGUUGGUGGUGGUGUUGGAGGAGGAGCUGCAGGAGGAGGUGGUGGUGGAGGAGGCGGUGGUGGUGGUGGUGGAGGAGGUGGUCUUGGAGGAGGCUCAGGACAUGGUGGUGGAUUUGGAGCAGGCGGUGGAGUUGGAGGUGGUGCCGCUGGAGGAGUAGGAGGUGGAGGUGGAUUUGGAGGUGGUGGUGGAGGUGGAGUAGGAGGAGGAUCAGGCCAUGGUGGUGGUUUUGGUGCGGGUGGAGGCGUAGGUGGUGGAGCAGGUGGAGGAUUAGGAGGAGGAGCUGGUGGAGGUGGAGGAUUAGGAGGUGGACAUGGUGGAGGAUUAGGAGGCGGACAUGGUGGAGGAUUUGGAAUUGGAGUUGGAAUUGGCAUAGGAGUUGGUGUUGGUGCUGGAGCCGGAAAAGGUGUGGGUGUAGGAAGUGGAUCUGGCAGUGGUGGUGGCGGCAAUGGCCGAUGAUAAAUCUCGUAGUUACACAACGGCAGUACCAAGAUGUUGUUCUAGUCGUUAAAGUUGUUAAGAUACAGCUAUUAAACAAAUUAAUGAGUUUGUAUUAUUGGCUUUUGUAUGCAUUGUGUUUUGUGUUUUCUGUAAUUUCCAAUGUAACAUCCUCAUAUUAAGAAAAGAAGCUAAUUAAGAAGCUUAUGCUACUUAUUCCUUUGCGUCUAAGGAAGUAAUCUCAAA